AUGCGUCGCUGGGACUGGAGUGGCCAUCGCGGUUCUCGCUCUCCAUCAACGGGGCGGUGACGGCGUACAGCCUCUCCCUCACUCCUCCCCACCACCAGCGGGCCUUCUCCACCACCACCAUGUACCACACCACCACUCUCCGCCACCAGUUUGAGGGAUUGUCGAGCAACGUGACGUACGCUGGCCGGCUGGUAGCACUGGUUGGGCAACACCACUGGCCUUACGGUCUUCUCAACUUCACAAUCACCUCUCCUACGCUCCUUACAGGUCUUGCUCUGGGACAACGGAUGGUGUAUGGUCGACCCUCCAGCACCAUCGCCGACCUCACCAUCAUCACCAUCUCCGCCAGGCUCCGCUGGUCACCAUCACCUUUCAUCACAGGCAAGGUGUCGACGGCGCCCCAGGAGAGCGAGGAGCCCCCUGAAGCAGGAGCCAGGCCCUUGGGAUACCGUCUGAGACUCUGGGACCACAAGAACCUCGUCUCCCAGGUCACCACCAACGUUAACGGCAGGAAUAGUGGAUGCGAGGCUACCGUGGGGGGCCUUCAGCUGGACACCGUAUACAAGGCUACGGUGGAGGCGGUGCUGGACGACGGUGAACCAGGGGCUGCCCUCUCCUUCUCCAUCGACGCUGGCGCCCUCCAUGUGGAGGACGGAGGGCUGACGACUGACGGGGUGUCCGAGUGCUACUCGGGCUUACAAGUCCGAUGUCCGGGCUCCGAGCGUUGCGUCUCCCCCUACUGGAUCUGCGACGGCGCUGAGGACUGUCCGGACGGAGCGGACGAGAUGGGAUGCGAGACGUCCCCCUGCGAAGGGUUCCGGUGCUGGGACGACGUCUGCAUCGCGGGGGCCUGGCGCUGUGAUGGGCACCGUGAUUGUCAAGAUGGUGAUGAUGAGUAUGCUUGUCCUGUAUGCCAGCCUGGGGAGGUGAGGUGUCCUAGAGGAGGAGCCUGCGUCCCUCUGAACGCCACCUGUGAUGGUAUCAACCACUGCUCUGAUGGAUGGGACGAAUCUGGGGCUGUGUGUGGCUUCCCUUCCUGCGGCCCUGGCGAGCUACGGUGCCUAGACGGAGGCCGAUGUGUGCAACACCAGCGGCUGUGUGACGGCGUUCCUGACUGUCCUACCUCAGAGGACGAGGACAUCACCUUCUGUGCCGCCUUCACAUCUAUGCACGAUAUGCGCAUCAUCAAAGACAGUAAACCAGAGGCGGAGUGUGAGGGAGGCGCCUCGACCAAAGCAGCCUGCACGGACCAGGAGUUCCAGUGUAGUAGUGGGAAAUGCAUCUUUCGGUUGUAUGUUUGUAAUGGCAUUGAUGACUGUGAAUUAGGAGAAGAUGAGAUGCCUUACGCUUGCGCCAUGGCCCCCUCUGGUGUUGAAAAGAACGACAUUCCUAUAUCCACUCGUGAAGAAGACACAGAUGAGGGAGAUAUGCAGAUUGAGGAGGACGAUGUUGUAAAUGAAGUUGAAGGUUUGGAAUUUCCUUGUGCAGAUAGGAGGCUGCAGUGUGAGGAAGUACAUAAGUGUGACGAAGGCCAUCCUGGAGACUGCAUCACGGACUCUCACAACACUACGGAUCUCGACAAUGCGACGGCAAAUGGCACAGACAGCAUUAUUACCAUAGCUGUCCCGCCGACAGAGGACACAGACACAGGGUCUGUGCUUGAUGACCGGCUCCAAGAGAUAGAUUCUAGCAACUCUCUUGAGAAUGAAAUUGAAGAUCAUAAAAUGUCGACAUCAGGUUCUUCAGCAAUCACAGAAAACGUUACUAUGGAAGUCUUGAGUGAAGAUGAUACCAGUAUUUUGGAAGAAAAAGAUGUAAUACUUGAAGAUGAGAAAGAAAUCAAUGUCAUUUCUCUAACGGAAAAUAUUGAUGACAGAGAAAACACAGCAUUGGCUGAGGUGGAUGUCAACAUCGAGGUUGUGGAUGAGGAAUCUCCUGAUCCAGAUGGUGAAGAAGUCGAAUCUUCAAGCCUCGAGGAGUAUGAUAACAGCUUAGAACGACGUCUUGUAGAUGUCAAUUUACUUCUCAGUUCCCGGAACUUGACCAAUGGGACAGCCACUGAUAAUACGACAUCUGUACUCGAUGCGCCAGAUGAUUUUGAUAUUAAUUCAACAACUCCAUAUCUGACUGCUGAUAGUACUGAUAAUGAUACUGAUGAGAAUUACGAUGCAUCGUCCAAUGAAGGAUAUGAGAGAAGUGAAGAAACUGGUAAUGUAACUACUCCAGAGCUUGGUCACUCGGACACCAGCAACUCCACAGAAGCAUCAGACAAUGAACAGGUUAGUCUGGAGGACGAGAGGGUGUCCUCCAUGGAGUAUGACCAUCUACAAGAUACUCUCAGUGCUUCUUUCAAUUAUACUCUCAGUGCUUCUUUCAACGAUACUAUCAGUGCUUCUUUCAACAAUACUAUCAGUGCUUCUUUCAACGAUACAAUCAGUGGUUCUUUCAAUGAUUCUCUCGGUACUUCUUUCAGUGAUACUGUUAGUGUAGCUACAAGUAUCUCUAAUCAACCACCGACCACUGAAAUUCCAACAUUGAAUUAUAUACCAUCAGAAAACGAGACAACAGUGCCUGAGAACACCACUAUAUUCGACAGUACUGAAAGCGAUGCUGCCUUCUUCCCGAUCUUGGAAGCGUCUGAUUCUUCCAACACAACAGAGAGCCAAAUUGGCACUGACGUUGAAGACUCUAGAGUUGUUCUGAUUGAUGACGACGUAUCACCUUCGGCAACGACGCUGAUGGCGUCAGCUGUUUCAGAGGAGGCAGAUCUCACUACUAUGACCUCGUCAUUAUACGACCAAGACCCAGUAACAAAUAACACUCUAGAGCAAAUGGACAUAGAUAGAGUACACACUACAACGGAAUACGAUACAGAGUUCUCCCUGUCUACCACCGAGGCAGCAGCAACAGCAUCAACGGUAGCAUACGAACCCACGGAACAUCCAGCAGACACGACUUCGAAACCCCCGGAACAUCCAGCAGACACGACAUCGAAACCCACGGAACAUCCAGCAGACACGACUUCGAAACCCACGGAACAUCCAGCAGAUACGACUUCGAAACCCACCAUCUUCACUACUGAGCCAUACAACUGGAAGGACAUUCCCAUUGGCCAGCAAAAUCUGACUAUCUUGAUUGCAGUUCACUCUGAGACGAAUGAAAGCAAGAUCCCCCAGUAUAUCAUCCAUGGGAUGGACGGCAGCACCUACGAGUACGAGAUAGUGAGUAUAGUGAAAGAUAACGACCUCGCUAUAGAAAAACGCCAAGACAUUAGUAGCGAGGCGUCCAUAGAAGAGGCUGAAAAGGAGAAGACAGUGACUAAGGAAACAGAGAAGGCUGAUGGGAGUCUUAGUUACCUUCAGGGCAACAACAUCUCAGGUGCUUCAAGAGCUUCUUUGUCUCUCAUCUCUCUCAUCAUCACCUUAAUUUGUAAGCUUUAGUAUUUAGGACUAUAUAUUGUUCUGGAUUAAUUAUUUUGCAUAAGGAACUACUGAAAUGAGUUAAUGUACGAGGACUCGGUGCUCGAAGUUACAUAUGACAGAGGCCAGGAUUUCAUAUGUAGUACAAGUGGUGGUAGUCACAUAUGGCAGAGUCCAGUACCUCUUGUGUAAUACAUGUCCAGGAAGUCACAUAUGACAGAGCCCAGGACUUCAUAUGUAGUACAAGUAGUGGAAGUCACAUAUGGCAGAGUCCAGUACCAUGUGUGUAGCACAUGUGAGUACACUCAGCUGGUGUGUAUACUCACUGCCUCAUUUUGACUACUGUUCUAUCAUGAAUCUCACAAUUAUACUUAAAUUUAUGUAUUGUAUAUUGUAUGUCACAUAAAUUUAUAUAUUGUACAGUAUUCGAUUUCUGUUUAAUACUCUGAUUUCUGAUAAAGAAAAAUGUAAAGAUUUAUGGCUCCUAAAACAUUGUAAUUCAUUUAAUGGAGCAACAAAAACAUUUACUUGUGAAAGCUUGUUGAAAAUAAUGUUACUUUUCGCAGUAUAUGUGUCUCACGGAGCUAAUAGUAAGAAAUGUCAUGAAUUUUUUUUUAUAAAUGAUCAUUGAACAAAUAAUAUAUGAUAUACAGAAAACGUAUUUAUAUAGGACGAUGUUUUUAUCAACACUAAAUAGAUUUUCUCACUUGAUAAUGUUCUGACUAUAAUAGAUAAUGUUAUGUCUAGAACGCCUCCACCUGCAUCAGUGAACAGUGUUGAACACCUAAACCAUGUAAAUAUUAAACAAGUGCCGAAACAUGUGACCAACCUUUGACCAUCACCACGUUUUGUAGAGGUUCAUAUUGACUUUAUCAAACGUGACUCGCCAAAAUAAAAACUACGUUUCGAGCAUCGAAUGCGAGGAUUUUGCAUGAGCGACACAUUGACAUUAGUUACAAGAGACUGUGAUGGUGUGUGUUCCUAGAGGCAGAAUUGCGAUUGAUGCUUCGACGAGCGAAGCAGCUGACUGAAAGGUGUCAGAUGAUAUACCCAUAUCAGUAAUACAGUGGAACCUCCCACCAGUAGCACAAACAAUGGAACCUCUCACCAGUAGCACAAAGGAACUUCCCACCAGUAGCACAAGCCAUGGAACUUUUGAACUUGGCAACUGAAUUUGAUAUGAUAACAUUUCUCGAGACGAAUUAAACUUCAUUCUCAUAUUAAAAGUAACAACUGCUUCUUGUGACUGUACCUCCGUGUUCUUACAAGUGUAUGUUCUACAUUGUGUAUAGUGUAGCACAUGAACAUUCCAUUGAUGACGACCAGUAUCUGUAACUCGUUAAGCAUUAUAUCAGAGAGGGCAACAUAAACUUGAGUAACGUUUAUAUGAACAUUGAAUCUAACGUCAGUUCAACGUCGUUUGCCCGCGGGGUUAACGAGCAUUUGGACUACUUUUGUAUUUUUGUGAAUCAAUGUUAAACAAAUAGUGUGUGAGGCGCUUCCUAGGUGCACUUAUGUGUCUUAAUCCAUUAUUUCUCAAUUACAAAGUGCAGUAUAUGACAAUUUCAUAAAUAUAUUUGCUUACGUGUUGACAAAAACUUUAUGAUUAAUGUAUUGUCAACUUUAUGAUUUAUACUGGCUUUAGUGUUCAAUAAUCUAUUCUUAAAGCUAUUUCGGUGUGCUUGUGCAUGCUUAAGCAGUGUAGAGGAGUUUGUUGAUGAGGAGGUUUGGGUGUUUUGGGAGCGGGUGUCACCAGGGUGUUCCUCGUGGUGGUGAUGGGAGUUGGUGAGAGCAAUACCUGUAUCUCCCUGCUAUUACUGAUUCUGUUUGCCCUCCCCAUCACCAUCACCAUGGCCGCCAUCAGCUCUUCCCCAACCACCACCACCACCACCAUGGCCUCCAGCUCCUGCUGCCCACGUUUAUCACGGCACAGCUAAUAUAAUAAUAUAAUAUAUACGGCACGGCACAAUGCAACAGAGCUGUAACCUGCUCUGUUGCAUUGAAUAAACUGACAAGUCUCAUUUUUGUGUUAUGCAUACACAGUUGUAAGUUAGAUAACAAAGGUAAGAGAUGGUAUUAUACACGGCCUAUUUAUAAUACAUAUAAAUACAUAUACAUACAUCCUCCUAGAGGAACGAUAAUUAAUCUCAGCCUUCAGUCGAUUUAUGUUCAAUUUUCCACAGAGGAACAAGGGCAUAAAAGACAAUAAUACUAGCAUACCGAAUUCAGAUCUAUAUGAAUAUUCUCAUGACAAAUUGUUCCUAUAAUCAAAACACAGACACUUAUUAUUAUUCAUUAAUUACCAGCAUAUAUGUAUAUAUAUAUAUAUAUAUAUAUAUA